CGACGGAUUCAAAACCGAGAUCAGCCCUAAACCCCAAUUCUUCCCAACCAAUUGAUUCCCUCGUCGGCAAUCUGCGCCGAGACGCAAAUCCCGAUCGAUUUCGCCGCUAUCGCUCCCCGUUCUUCACCGCCGCCACGGAACCCCUCUCUAGCCUUUCGAUGAGAAGGAGCUGCCGUGGCCGAUGACUCCGGAGAAGCAAAUGGCAGCCUCGCCGACAAUCUCCCGGUCGGUGACGGAGACCGUGAACGGGUCUCACAAGUUCGUGAUCAAGGGGUACUCCCUCGCUAAGGGCAUCGGUGUCGGGAAGCACAUCGCCAGUGAUACCUUCACCGUCGGAGGGUUCCAGUGGGCGAUCUACUUCUAUCCCGACGGGAAGAACCCCGAGGACAACUCCGCUUACGUGUCCGUGUUCAUCGCCCUCGCCAGUGAGGGGACGGACGUGAGGGCGCUCUUCGAGCUGACACUUGUGGAUCAGAGUGGCAAGGGGAAACACAAGGUUCACAGCCACUUCGAUCGAUCUCUUGAGAGCGGGCCUUACACCCUCAAGUACCGCGGUAGCAUGUGGGGUUAUAAACGCUUCUUCAGACGAACGGCUCUUGAAACAUCAGAUUACCUUAAGGAUGACUGCUUGAAGAUUAAUUGUACUGUGGGGGUUGUUGUGUCUGUUGUCGACUCACCCAGAUUACAUCACAUACAAGUUCCAGAGUCUGAUUUUGGAAUGCAUUUUGGUGUGAUUCUGGAUGAACAGGAAGGUUCAGACGUUGUUUUUGAUGUUGCUGGAGAAAAAUUUCAUGCCCAUAAGUUGGUGCUGGCUGCCCGAUCCCCAAUAUUUCACACACAGUUUUUUGAUGGUUUAGAUGGUGAAAGUAAUGAAAUCAUUGUUACAGAUAUGGAACCAGCAGUUUUUAAGGCAAUCCUACAUUUCAUCUACAGAGACACUCUAGUAGACGAUGAUAUGCUUGCUACACCAAACCUUCCUGAAUCUUCUAUCUCAGACACACUGGUUGCAAAACUGUUAGCUGCAGCUGACAGAUAUAGUUUGGGAAGGCUUCGACUUCUCUGUGAGGCUCAUUUAUGCAGGGAAAUAUCUGUGAACUCAGUUGCCAGCACUCUUGCAUUGGCUGAUCGUUGUCAUGCUAUUGAACUAAAAGCUGCUUGUCUUAAAUUUGUUGCAGAAAAUCUUUCAGCUGUGAUGCGCUCGAGUGGAUUCGAGUACCUUAAGGACCAUUGUCCGUCACUGCAGUCAGAACUUUUGAAAAUAAUUGCAGGCUGCGAUGAGGACUGCAGCAGUGGUGGGAAUAACAGGAGCGUGUGGGCCGAGCUUUCGGAUGGUGAGGAUUCCAAUGGCCGUAGGGUAAGACCUCGGACCGAUACUGGAUAAAACCAACUUCUGAUAUGUACGAAUGACAAUAAAAUGUGUCUAGGAAACAGAACAGGAAAAACAUCCCUGCUGUAUCUUUACCUGAUGUUUGUUCACCGGUGAUAGUAUAGUUGCAUGAAUUGUAGGUCUAUUAAAGGCUUGAGAGUUGUAAAGAUGAAACUUGCACUAGUGGAUUAUGGAACAAGGAGGCUCCCUCUCUUUUCUGACA